CCGCUCCUCCUCCUCCUCCCUCCCUGCCCCCUGUCUCCCUCCCCGCCCCCCUCCUCCCUUCCCUCGCCACCCCGCCGGCCCACUCCCGGCGACGUGAGCAUGGGCGCCCCUCCUGCGCCCCUCUCCCUGGGCGCCGGUGCCGGCGCCAGCGGGCAUCGAGCGAUAUCCUCGUCGGGCGCCGGCCGAGCCUCGCUCGGCGCGGCCGGCGCAGCCCUCCUCUCCCUCUUGCUGGUCUUGGCGGCCAGCCCCAUGGUCGCGGCCACCGCGGCGGCCGACGGCAACGCCAGCAGCGCCAGCAGCGAUGUCCCGGCCGAUGACACACCGGUGGCCCGGGCGCUGACCAUCCUCCUGACGGUCCUCUACUCGGCGGUCCUGUGCGUGGUGGUGGUGCAGCUGGCGCGGCUGGUGUGGAACCGCCACAAGCUGGCCUCCUUCCAGUCGGUGUUCCUGAUGCUCUGCCUGGCAUGGAGCGCCCUGCGCACGGCGCUGGCCCUGCUGCUGGUGGUGCUGCGGUCGGCCACGGCCCUGCCACGGGGGGUGUUCGUCCCGCUGGCCUGGCUGCCAUUGAACUUCCUCUGGGCCACCUACACGCUGCUGGUGCUCUUUUAUGCGAAUGUCAUCCACCGAAGCGUGUCCCGGUGGGAAUCCCACACCCGGCGCCGGUACUUCGUCGUGUGGGCCGUGGCCAACCUGCUGCUGCUGGCGACCACCCUGACCUUCGUGCUGCUGGUGUCGGUGCGCAAUGUGCCGCUCACCUCGCCGGUGGCCCGGGUCAUCCGGUUUGCCUAUCCGGCGGUGCUGUUCGGGUCGCUGGUGUGCCUGGUGGCGUGGUAUGGCCUGCGGCUGUACAAUGCCUUCCGCAAUCCGAUGGCCUUGAUCCCCUUCCACGCGAGCGGGUCCUCCGUGCUGGGGAUCGCCCUGGUGACGGGGCUGCUGGCCGCGGUGUUUGCCUGUCGGGCCAUCUACUCGGCCACCAUGGCGGUGGUGGUGUGGCUGGAGCCGGUGCCGCUGGCCUCGAUGGCCGCCUCGCUCGGCGGCGGCGGCGGCGGCGGCGGCGGCGGCGGCGGCGGCGGCGGCUGGCUGGCCGACGCAGCACUGCUCCUGGGCCAGGUCCUUGCCGGGGGCGACAGCAGCGGCGGGUCGGUGAUCGCCGGCGGGCCCGGCGACGGGGGCAACCAUGUGCUGGCCUUCGAGCAUCCGGUGCUGCGGUUCAUCUCGCUGGUCCUGUCGGAGAUUGUGCCGUCGGUGUCGAUUUUGGCCUUCUUCCGGCACAUCCCCGGCCGGCCGAGCGCGCAGGUCACCUCGCGCAGCAGCCUGCCGCCGGCCUUCCAGCGGUCGACCGGCGGCGGCGGCGGCGGCGGCGGGUCCGGCGGCGGCGGCGGCGAGUACGCGCCAUUGCCCUCGUCCGGGGGGGACUCCGGCGACGGGUCUGGCGCCUCGGCGGGUGGCAGCGGCGCCACCAGCGGCGGGCUCCUGGCCAGCAUGAUGCUCACCGGCGGCGGGGCCUCGGUGAUGGAUGUCAAUGCCAUGCAGUCGGCGGCCGGCAUCGGUGGCGGGUUCUCCAUCAACAGCUCCAGUGCCGACAUGAUGGAGGGCUCCGGGUCUGGCAUUGGGGGGUUCCUGCACCAGCAGCAGGCCCAGGCCCAGUACCCGCAUCAUGGGGGUCACUAUCAUCCCCAUCACCAUGUCGGGCACUACUACCAGUAUGGGGAGUAUGGAGGCUCGCAUGAGGCCAUCAUCGGGGCCGGGCCGCCGUUCGGCCAGUCGGUCGACGACUUUGUCGGGGCGGCGGCCGGGGCGGCCGGGGUGGUCGGGGCGUCGGACGACGCCCCCGGCGAGCGGGAGGCCCUCCUGGCGGCGGCGCACCUGCAGCAUGGCGCGACCGGCGGCAGCGGGUACUACGUCAGCCCGUAUGGCCGGGACUCCUCCUCGGCCGGGCAGCAGCAGCAGCAGCAGCAGCAGCAGCACUACCAUCACCAGUCGUUGAUGUACCAGCAGCAAUUGGCCGCGGCCGGCAUUGCCCCGAUGCCGGGCGCCUCUUCACACUUGAGCCACGCGCAGAUGUACCAGAGUUCGUAUGCCGCUGGUGGCGGCUCGACCGGCCCCGGGGCCGGCUCGCCCUCGUCCUUCCCCUCGGCGAACUAG